UUAUACCGUCUGUCAUUUCUACACGUGUACCCAGAUUAAUGUUACGUAAUCAUGUGCCCCUUUGAAAUUGAACAAGGCAAUUUUUUAAUAAAAGAACAAGAGAAUUUAAAAACAACAACAAGAACAAAAAAAGAAGUAAUAAGUCAAUUUAGAAAGUGAUAUAUACUUGGUUAAUCAUUUGAAGAAUAUUGGAAUAUCUAAACCACAAUUAGAAGUUAAUUAUCAAAUACCAAUUAUCAACAAGAAACCCUUCAAUUAUUCUUAUCAAUUGUUAAUAUUGCUAUUUCCAUCUGAUAACCAUGGCUGACUCAAUUAAAACAAAUAACGUCCAUCCACAAGAUAUCAAUUAUCUUUCAAAUUUAAUUAAACAAUCUUCAACUUUAACUCAUUUGAAUAAUUAUCCUUUAUUGAAUGAAAUUUCAAGUUUUUUCCUAAGUUUUUAUAUCAUUAGUUAUUUUGCCACAUUAGUUAGUAAAAUUUCAUUAGAUUUUAAAAAUGAAAUAUUGUUGAAAUAUUUCAAAUUUUCAAUUGAUUGGAUUGAUUAUUUUGAUAAAUUAUUUGAUAUUUAUAUCUUGGGUAAUAUUGAUCAUUUUUUACCAAUUUUGGGGAAAAUUCAUUUAAAAGAUUUAUAUCCAUCAAAUAUUUAUAAUGUAACCAUCAAUGAAAUAAAAUUAUAUUAUCAAUUUUCAAUUGCAAAAAUUGAUGAAUUUAAAGAAAAUCAAUUAAAACCAACAAUUAUUUCAAAUACAAAUCCAAUUAUUGCACCAAUCAAUUCAAAAUUAUCCACAACAAUUGAUAAUUAUUUACCAUCUGAUAAUUCAAUUGAACCAUCCCCUGUUUCUUCAUCAUCAUCUGAAUUAUCAAAAUUUUCAAAUUUAUUAACUUUAGCUUAUCAAAGAUCAAAACCUUUAAUUUUAGGAAAAUUUCAAAAUGUUAAACAAUAUCCAACAAAAAUUCAAUCAAUUUAUAAUGAUGAAUUAAAUAAAAAUGAUCAAAAUAUAACAAAAGCUAUAACUAAUACUUCAAUUGAAAUUUCAAAUAAAAUUGGGUUAACAAAUGGUAAAAAAGAAGUUAAAACUAAUGGGUCAUCAAAUGUUGGUUUAGUUCCAAAUGGUGAAAUUAGCGUUAAUGCUUGAGAUAA